UUUCUCUCUUCACCAUCGUCGCGCCCUGCCACCGCCGUCGCGACUCGCCGCCACGACCAGCGUCGCUGCCACGCCGGCCGUCUGCUCGGCCGGAUUCCACCAUCAUUUCCCCUAAAUUGGUUUCCGACCUCAGGGCUAGGGUUCCGCCGAGCAGGAUUUUGAAGAAGGCGUCGGACGACGCGGUCGUCUCCUGCCUGCGGAUUGCCACUCCCGUCGACCAGCUGCCCAGAAUCGACGCCUAGGGUUUUCAGCCUCCCUCUCCUCUCUCAAUUUCGCCCCUCCGGCGAGUCCCGCCACUUUCGCCGCCGUCGCACCGCCGCCCCCUGCCUCAGAAAGGGUAUUUCCGCUUCAGCCCUCCCAUACAAGAGAACCCCGCCCAGCUGGCUCAAAAUCUCCUCUGAAGAUGUUGAGGAGAAUAUCUGUAAGUUUGCAAAGAAGGGUCUCACUCCGUCGCAGAUCGGCGUGAUUCUCCGUGAUUCACACGGCAAUGCCACAUGAUGCUCACCCGAUGGGUGUUCUUGUUAGCAUAAUGAGUGCUCUUUCUGUCUUCCUUCCAGAUGCUAAUCCAGCUUUAAGAGGGCAAGAUCUAUACAAGUCUAAACAAGUGAGAGACAAACAAAUUGUUCGCAUUCUUGGAAAGGCUCCAACAAUUGUUGCAGCUGCUUAUUUGAGGAUGGCAGGCCGGCCACCAGUUCUUCCAUCCAACAAUCUUUCAUACUCUGAGAACUUCUUAUAUAUGCUCGACUCCUUACUAUUGCUGCUGCCGCGGCGCCUCUCCGGCGAAGGCGUGCCCGACCAUUGGAGCUAUAUUGGUGUGUGAAUGCAGGUUGUAUUUCUUGAAUAUGUGCAGGUGCCUGUUUGUUUAAUACCCAUGCUAUCGGAGUGCGUCGACCUGCCCCAUGAUCUUGCUCUACAGAUAUGGUAUGUAUAAUUUAAGAGUAAAGAGAUGUCGAAAGUCAACAACUUGUUGCUGGAGAAAGGGUUGUGGGAAUUUUGUAUUAUGUGAUGCAAACUUGCUAGGUGAGACGUACAAUUUAUUUGCAUUUCCAUCGGAGUGUAACUUCUCAGGUCUUAGAUUCAACCUUGACCUGGUUAAUUCCAUAAAGGAAGGUUCUUAUCAAAUGCCCGGAACUUCUCCAACUCAGAGUGGUCACUGGAUGGUCCUGAUUGAUGCAGCAAAAGGAAGUUCAACAUGCCCCCCUGAUUUGUCAAAAUACAAGGCAGACUUUGUUGUGGUCUCAUUUUAUAAGCUAUUUGGCUACCCAACUGGAAUUGGAGCUCUUAUUGCUCGAAACGAGUCAAUGAAGUUAUUGAAGAAGACCUAUUUCAGCGGAGGCACAGUGGCUGCAUCUGUCGCAGAUAUAGACUUCUACCAAAGAAGAGAUGGUGUUGAAGAAUACUUUGAGGAUGGCACCGUAUCUUUUCUGAGCAUCGCAUCUCUUCAUCAUGGAUUCAAAGUUCUUAACACAUUAACCAUGCCUGCUAUUGCCUGGUGCCAUGGAACUUCUUCUUAUCACCAACACCAGUAGAGGGUCUUGAAAGGAGGCAAGAAUUUGUGAAUCAUUUGCAUACUUGAUAUUAAAGUUCAAGCUCCCAGGCCAAUCAUUAGCUAUAAGGUAGUUGGUAUUUUCAAUUUUGAAUCGGAAUAUGCAAUGAUGAUGUAUACUUGAUAUUUGGUUCAUUUGUAUAAUAAUGUAUGAAUUUUUUGGAUGAUAUAUAAUAUUGUUAUCGUUGAUUUUAUCA